AUGCUUGCCCAGCUUUUCACAGCGCUUGCGCUGAGUGCUUGUUUUGCGGGAGCUCUCCCCACGACGCCCCGGGAUGUCUCUGCCAAUACGGAAGCGUGUGCGGCGGUUCACAUCAUGAGCGCGCGCGGCAGCAACCAGGCGGCCGGCGAGGGCUCGACGUUGGCUCCAGUGGCCACGGCGCUUGCUGCCUUAUUUACCGGUGCCACACGAGAGGCCAUCGUGUGGCCAGCAAAAAUCAUCCCAUAUGAUACCAAUUCCGCCCAAGGAACCCAGGCUGUGACUAGGCAGCUCACAGCGUAUGUGAAGCGGUGCCCAAAUUCGAAAAUCGUCAUGCUGGGCUACUCGCAAGGCGCGCAUGUCAUCGGUGACAGUCUGUGCGGAGGGGGCGGCGUUGCUGGCAUCGGUCCCGUUACUCCUCCAAUCGCCAGGGAAAUUGGAAAUCAUGGCACGUUUCAAUCCCUCCAGAGUGUGCUGCUUGAUCACCGCUAA